GCGGCAGGGCGGCGGCCUGCGCCCGCCGGGCCAUGGCGACCUCGGAGCCGGCGCCGCGGCCGGGCCGGGGGCGGGAGGACGGGAGCGAGGACGAGAACGACGUCCUGGGGGAGAGCCCGUGCGGCCGCUGGCAGAAGCGGCGGGAGCAGGUGAACCAGGGGAACAUGCCUGGGGUCCAAAGCACCUUCCUGGCCAUGGACACGGAGGAAGGGGUGGAGGUGGUGUGGAAUGAGUUGCAUUUCGGCGACAGGAAGGCCUUCGCGGCCCACGAGGACAAGAUCCAGACCAUGUUUGAGCAGCUGGUGCUCGUGGACCACCCCAACAUCGUCAAGCUGCACAAGUACUGGCUGGAUGCCUCUGAAACCCGGGCGCGGCUGGCGGAGCCCGCGAGCCCGCCCGUCCCGCAGGUCAUCUUCAUCACAGAGUACGUGUCGUCUGGCAGCCUCAAGCAAUUUCUUAAAAAGACCAAGAAGAACCACAAGGCCAUGAACGCCCGGGCCUGGAAGCGCUGGUGCACGCAGAUCCUGUCGGCGCUCAGCUUUCUGCACGCCUGCAGUCCCCCCAUCAUCCAUGGGAACCUGACCAGCGACACCAUCUUCAUACAGCACAAUGGCCUCAUCAAGAUCGGCUCCGUGUGGCACCGCAUCUUCUCCAAUGCACUCCCGGACCAUCUCCGGAGCCCCAUCCGCACUGAACGCGAGGAACCGCGGAACCUGCACUUUUUCCCUCCGGAGUGCGGGGAGGUUGCUGAUGGCACUGCUGUGGACAUCUUCUCCUUUGGGAUGUGUGCGCUGGAGAUGGCUGUGCUGGAGAUCCAGGCCAAUGGGGACACACGGGUCACAGAGGAGGCCAUCGCUCGAGCCAGGCACUCCCUGCGUGACCCCAACAUGCGGGAGUUCAUCCUCUCCUGCCUGGCCCGGGACCCUGCCCUCCGGCCCUCUGCCCACAACCUCCUCUCCCACCGCGUGCUCUUCGAAGUGCACUCCCUGAAGCUCCUGGCAGCCCACUGCUUCAUCCAGCACCAGUACCUUAUGCCUGAAAAUGUGGUAGAGGAAAAGACCAAGGCUAUGGAUCUGCAUGCCAUCCUGGCAGAGAUACCUCGGCCCCGCCGGCCCCCACUCCAGUGGAGGUACUCAGAGGUCUCCUGCUUGGAGUUGGAUAAAUUUCUGGAGGAUGUCAGGAAUGGAAUCUACCCACUGAUGAACUUUGCUGCUGCUCGGCCCCUGGGGCUGCCCCGUGUGUUGGCCCCACUUCCUGAAGAGGCCCAAAAGGCUAAGACCCCAACACCAGAACCCUUUGACUCAGAGACCAGAAAGGUGAUCCAGAUGCAGUGUAACCUGGAGAGCAGCGAGGACAGGGCGCGCUGGCAUCUCACUCUGCUUCUGGUGUUGGAGGACCGGCUGCACCGGCAGCUUACUUACGACCUGCUCCCAACUGACAGUGCCCAGGAUCUCGCCGCUGAGCUCGUGCAUUAUGGCUUCGUCCACGAGGAUGACCGGACAAAGCUGGCCGCCUUCUUGGAGAGCGCCCUCCUCAAGUACCGUGGAGCUCAGCUGUGACCAUGCACCCCAGCUCCCAGGGACCAGCCCUGGCAGCCCACGCUGGGAAGCUCUGCAUUGGCCUGGUGUUGGUGGGACUGGGGACAGCCUUCUGCCUGUGUGCCUGGGGAACCAAACACUGGCUACUGGGGAACCUCCACCUUCCACAGCUUUGAGAGGUCCUGGGUGGGGGUUGGGGUGAGGGUGGUGACCUUAAGCCCAACAGGGGGGCCCAUCAGUGGGUGAGUGAGCCUGGCUUGGGGGUGGGGAGAGUGAUUAGUCCUUAGGAUUAGGAUUCCCCCACUCAGCUUGCUUCCUCAACUCAGCAGCCUUCCCAUACCUUCUGUUCUCUGGCCAAGAGUACGCCCCAAGCUCCUCUGCAUGGGGAGGCUGCCCCACAGUGAGCCACUGUUGGCCAGUGAUGGGGGUGUCAGUCCUGGACAGAAGUCUGCCCAGGGAAACACUUCAUCCUGUUGGUAUCAGAGCCAAGGGACCCCUACCUCAAGCCAAUGGCAAAGCGCCUGCAGGUGUCAGGCAGGUGCUGGGUGAGGGGCAGGGCCAUGACCUGGCAGGAGAAGCAGGUGGCAGAGCCACUUCAAGAAGCCCGAGUUCCCAGCUCCAUGUGGCUCUUGCACCGCACCCCCAAUGCAGACCCAUCCUGGAGCCUCCCUGCCUUCCCACUGCUCUGAGACUGGGCUCUGCCUCCCCCUGCAGCCCCUGCAAAGGGUUCUCUCUCCUGUGCUCCCUGUCCCAGAGGGGGAGUCUCGUCGCAGGUGCCCUCCCUGCUCCUCACUGUGCCUCCCGGUCCUGAGCACCUCAGCUCCCAGCUCCCAGUCUUUCCCACUCGGCUCCCUCCUGCCUCCGCGGCCCUGGCCUCAGUUCUCUUGGAUAACCUCUCUUCCAUUUUCAGAUUUAGUUAAACAUUCUUCAUAAUUUUAAAUUGCAUGUGUAAAUUUAGUGCAUUCAGGUUUCUUUUCAAGCAUUUUAAGUGUCAAACCAGGAAAGCUCACCUGUAUUCGUUUUCUAUUGCUGUUAUAAGAAUUUAUCACAAACUUAGGUUAAAACAACACAGGUUUAUUAUAGUUAUACAGUUCAGAAGUCUGGUAUAAGUCUCACCAGACUAAAACCAAGGUGUUAUCAAGGCUGCAUUCCUUUCUGAAGGUUCCAGGAGAGAAUCCAUUUCCUGCUCCUUCAGGUCCUUUGGCCUGCAGGUGUCAUGAGUGCUGGGCAAGAAUCUGUUCCUUGCAGUGGUGGGGCAAGGUCCACCAUUUCUUGCCUGCUAUAAGCUGAAGGCCAUUCUCAGCUUCUAGAGGCCACCACAUUCCUCGGCUCAUGGCCCCAUCCUCCAUCUUCAAAGCCAGCAAUAGCAAGCUGAAUCUCUCUCAUGAACCAUUUGUCUGUUUUUCUGGAGCUGGGAAAGCUUCAUGUAAUUAGGUUGGGUCCCCCUCAGUAAUCCAGGAUAACCCUCCCAUCUUAAGGUCCUUAAUUUUAAUCUUGGCUGCAAAAUACCUUUUGUCAUAUAAACUAACAUUCACAGGUCCAGGGCCUAGGGCAUGGACAUCUUUGGGGUAGGUAGGGGUUCAUUAUCCCACCUACUACAUCAUCCUAACAAAAAACCAAAAUACAAGUUACCAGGGCAUAUCAAACUAAAUGUACAAGCAGAGUGAGUCUUAAGUUAUGUUAAAUAUUCAAGUACUCUUUAGAAAUUUAUUCAAAUUUUCACACCUUUCAACUAAAAAUUACAAAUCUAAAGUAACUUACCUGUCUAGUUGGAAAUCCUGAUGGUAAGCUGUCUGAUUCUCCAUUGUCUUAAGCGGUUUGAGUGUCAAAUGCCUAACAGAUUGUUCCGUUGAUUAAACUGAGCCCAGAAGUGUCAA